AUGCCGAUCAACCAAAAUCUCGGUCGAAGAUUUGAGGACUGUGAUGUCAUUCAUGCGCGCUCGCGCGAAUCCGAAGCCGUUCCAAUCGAAGCUGCACUUCAAGCAGUGUCAAAAAGUGUUUGUGUCGCACACAUCAUCAAAACCAAACGAAACCAAAGCAAUACAUUGGUGAACUCGCCAAUCCUUCAGUCUUCUGCUAUGAAUGAUAUCAUUGCUGUCACCACUGUGUUGCUGUCUCUGACGGCGGCAAAUGCGUUCACUCCAUCGCUAUCACAUGUGCCAUCAACACGAUCGUCACUGGCGAAUCAAUUUCAACCCAUGCAAAUGUCAUCGACUGAUGAUGAUGAACUUUCAAGACUCAUUGGAAAGAGAAAUCAGAUUAAAAGGAAAAAGAGAGAAGAAUUAGUGCCCAGCGAAGACGAGCUUUUAGAAAGCUUGGGAACCGAUCCUUCUACUCUAGAUCCUGAGAAAAUGCCAGAGUUUAAGGUGAAGAGAGUGGCAAGGGUGCCAAAAAAGUCCGAGGACGACGAAGCGAAGAAAGAUGCACCAGCAGAGGCUGAAUUUAAUGAUUAUUAUGCGGACUACGAGGACGAAAAUGAUUUCCAUAUUCCAAAUCGAAUGGGAGUCACCUCAAGGUGCUGGGGAGAAGAAAAGGAGGGAUUUGUUUCCAGUGGAAAGCUAAAGAAGCAACAAGUGCGAGAAGGAAAGUUCGUUCCAGGUGACAUUCAAGUGGCAUACAACAAGUUAUUGACCGAAGGCAUUUUCCUGUUUGAGACUUCUCCUGAUUAUGGAAAGGCUAUGGCGAGUAAGAAGCUCUCAGGCGAAGAUAUCAUGGCACGAUGCAUACAAGAAUACAAAGAAACCGAAUCUUCACCAUUGGUUAUUGGCACCUACAAUAACCAACUUUGGCAACGUGGAAGCAAAGGAUUGACCGACGCAUUAUCCAAGUCGUGUGAAAAGCUCGAGGUUUCGGCUGUAGAUGUCUACCAAAUCAAGAAUGUUGGAUGGCUUCCAUCCGGUGGAUUGGUUAAGGGAGUCACUGAAUCUGUGGUCGACAUGGGAACAACCAAUUAUGUCGGCGUUAAGAAUAUGGCACCAGUUAGAAUGCGCCGCAUCAUCCACAAGCUUGAUGCGGAAGGAAUAUCCCUGACAACAAACUCCUUUGAGUUUUCGCUGGUUAACCGAAAGAAGGAAAAGUGGAUCAAUGCUUGCAAACUUCGUGGGGUAACACCCUUGAUUGAAAAUCCUUUGGGAAGUGGAUUGGCAUCGGGACAAUACACUGCAUCCAAUCCAAGUGGAGGUGUUGCGGGUGCUGCCAAGUAUUCGUUCGAAACCUUAGAUAAGCUUCAACCGUUGCACAGUAUUCUUGAAACUGUUGCCGAAAGAGUGAAAACAAGAGUGAAGAAGGAGAUGCGCGAUAUGAAGGACAAACGUGGUCGCUACGGACCGCCACCAAAAAUCAACACAGACAUCACGACAACUCAAAUCGCCCUGAACUACAUUGUUGCCAAGGGUGCAGUGCCGCUAGUUGAAGUCAACGGACCCAGUCAAGCAGACGAGGUUCUCGGGUGUCUGGGAUGGAGUUUGAAUGAUGACGAAGUAGACAUGCUGGAAGCUGCAGCAGAUAUUUGCAAGUAA